AUGGCAACCACCGUGAAGGGACAUGGCAGCGGCGAUCCAGCUGUCCGUCCUCCCCUCCCCCUUCUUGACCCAGCUGCCGCGGCUACUCCGAGAACCAAUCGUCGAGCCACCCCAUCACCACUGACUUCAAACGCUUGCAACCUCCCCCACUUCCCAGAACACCCUCGUGACUUCACCUUCGACGAAACGAUCAAGCGCCUGUCAAAAACCCUCGGCAAGAAGUCCUCCUUGGUCAUUAUUCGAUACCAGUGUCUUAAGCUGGUCAAGAACGAGACAGAUGAUUUUCUGACACUCGCCAGUAUCGUCAACCGCGAGUGCGAAGUAAUCAAGCUGCAAGAGAUAACAGAAGAUCAAUUCAAGUGUCUCAUUUUUUUGAGCGCUCUGCGGUCAGCUCACGAUGCUGAAACAAGGACUCGUCUGCGCUCCAAAAUUGAACAGGACCCAGACUCAACCCUGCGGAAAUUGAUGGCCGAGUGUAAGCGGCUCAAGAAUCUUAAAUAUGAUUCUGCGAUCGUGGAGCAACCCAGUUCCUCGUUUGCCGCCAUCAACAUUCGUGCUGUCACUCGCAAAAAGUCGAUAUCGCCACAAAAGCCCUAA